AUGGCGAAGGCGGCCGAGUAUACGAUACACGGCCCCUUAGCACAUGAAUUGUUCGCCGCACAUCAUUACCACAAAUCAUUACCGAUUCGAAGGGACUCGAAGCGAAUACCUUCAGAUCUCAGGGAGCAGUACCGAACUUCUGAAGAUGUCUACGACCCAUCUUUGAUCGAGCAGCUGAAGAACUUGCCAAAUGGACUUGGCGCGGCGCCGGUUCUGCCGCCCACACCGCCCACACCCACCGGCAAUGGCGAUCGACAGGAUGAAGUGGUUCCCGACCAGGCUUCCGAGGCCACUGUUCCUUUCUUCUCGACGCCUGUGACGCCUAUCAAUCAGCACAGCCCUCCUACUCCAGACAACACUCCGCCGGCGGAGUUCAAGCGGCCCGUACCGAGACCGUUCCUCGGAACGCAACCAUCACUAGCUUCAACUCAAGCAGAGUCUUUCAAGACCGCCAGAGAAGAGAUGUUCUCGGACGACGACUCCGUGGAUGCCGCUGGAUCUGAACACCUCACUCCACGGGCUACUCGUUUUCCGGCUCGUAACCUCAACAGUAUUUACCCGUCGAUCGGGAGCAAUGGGGUCGCCGCGUCACCCGGGCCAAGUCGAUUGAGGCUUGCGGUACCGAUGGAGGAGACCGAGACUGUCCACCAAGCAGUAAUGAACGACGCUCCGCUUCCGGUGGUCGCAACGCCGGAGGCCGCAGCUCCUUCUGAAGAGCCUACAAGUACUGUCCGGCCCAAACGUGCAUACUCACCCAGUCCUCCGAGAAGAGUCUUCACUGAGCCGGUACCUGGAAACUACGCCUCUCCAACAAAGGGGGAGAAUCUCCGGCGUGGACCGAGCUUGCGGGAUCGCCUUGAAGCGGUGGAUCGCGACUCACCACGUGCGUCGACUGAAAAGUUCGCUAACAUCAUAGGCUGGAGUAGUGGGGUGUCGAAUGAGAAUAUCGACAAGCGUGCUUCGGGCGCGUCGACGACGUCUACGAUCGGUGCAAUGGUCUUCGAGCCCAUGCCAUUGCCCAAGAAGCGAAUGACGACGAUCAGAAAGGUUGCCAAGCAUGACUCUCUCAGGGCCGCGAGCUCACCACUUCCAGCAUCUGGAGGGAGUCCUGGUGGCGAUUCUUCUCAUCGCCUCGUUCACAAGAAAGCUAAGCUGUGCAAUGAGAACAGGAACAGCUAUAGUUCAGAAGGACCUCGGUCGAUCAGCAUGUCACCAAGUUCUGCAGUCCACAAACCUGAGGUCAUCAAGGUUGCGAUCAUUCCCGAAAGGAGCUCGUCAUUGCAGUCGUCGGCACAUAGCAGCAAGCGACACUCGUUGUCUGGCAGCUCCGGGAAGGAUGUGAAGAGGCACCAAAUGAAUGGCAAACCGCCUUCUUCUUGGCAACGCAAACGUACGCUUUCCGAGUCGCAAUCCGAUCGAGGCAGAGAGCAACAGCCGAAACUGAUCGUGCCCCCAAGAAGUUCGUCGCUUUCGGCACCCACUUCUCGGACCACAUCUCGAGCCAAUUCCAUCACUUCGGACCACUUCAGGAAACAGCGCAAAGAGGCGGAGAGUGAUUUGCGGCGGACAUUAGAUCGCAUGGAAUCCGAUCGACUGAUUUCGUCCCUGCGAACUCAGUACAAAGAAGCACAGCCAGACGAGACGCCUUCGAAACCGCCUCGCCAAUCCACUGACUCGCAGAACACGAAGGGACUUCUGGCUACUCCAGGUACCAAUGAAUGGGCAGCUCUGCGACCGCCAUCUGUCCUGCAAACGCCGUUCUCACAGCCUUCAUUCAUGUCUGCGUCCCCAGAGCUUAGAGAUGCGACUGCAGUAAGCCUGUAUCCACACAACAAUCACUCUUUGCAGUUGAUCGAGCCGAACGUCGCAAAUGAAUCCCGAGCUGUAAAGGAGGUCCGGGGACACGCUUACCUCAAAGAUGAUGCGUCUUCGACUCAGAGCCCGCUGAGACAUCCUCGAGUUGCACCGGAUCCGCCCGCUUUCAACGUCAUUGCACCAACACCUACUCGUGACUCUGGUGUUGACUUCCAGCCAUCUCAGCCAGCCAAACGCCCAAGUCAGCGCAAGCAGGAAAGCUUUAUGUCUGCCUUGACUCGAGGUUUCAGCCUGCGUGACGCGAAAAAUCGCAAACGAGGUCAGUCCAACAACGGUGAUCUGUCGCCUUUCUGGCGACCACAAGGCUUUUGGGAAGAGUUUGAAGAACCCCAUCCAAAGCCAGGCGAGGAGCGAGACAUGCAAGUCCACAACUCUCUGGGCAUGCCACAGGAGAGAACCGUCGUUACUAGACCAGUGUCUCUCGUCAGACGGAUUUCGCAGCGUCGGAAAGAGAAUCAAGCGAGAGCACUAGCCAGUCAGCGGAGCAGCUCUAGUCUGGCAAAGCUCCGAGCCAGCCAUAAAUUGUACAAACACUCCAUCUUGGGUCUGCACCUGCCCUUCCCACGCUUUGGCGAUAUGCGAGAUCGAAUGAUGUUUGCGAGGCAGCGCAAGGAGUAUGAAAGGCGAGAACGGAUCAGGCAGGAUAUCAGGGGCAAGAUCGGGAAGGAGGUGGUUCCGCAGGGUGAUAGCCGGUUCUUGAAGAGUCCAGAAAGUCUGCAGCAAAUGAGAGGGAAGGGGUCGGAAGACACCAAGCGGUCAUCAGGCAGCACGGCACGGAGAAGUUUGAGGUGGCAGGAGUACUCAAGUGGAGUGGCCUGA